CACGCAGGGUGCUAAGGUCAUCAAACAGUCUGAGUCAAGCGACGCAAAUUUAGCGGUACUCAAUCAAAGACCGAUUUUCGACGACUACCUCCACCGUCGCUGGCUCCUCUCUUCCUCAGUGAUCGUAGCACAAACACAUUGGAGGUCACCUUCGGCCAGAGCUACUUUUGCGACGCUCUCUGGCUCGAGACGAGCGCACUACGCCACCUGCAACCUUGCGUUUUUGGCGAGCUUCCAGCGACAGUUGCACGAGCCAGCGAUAUCACUACAGGCUCUACUUUGCACCUCAACAUUGGCCAGCGUCAUCGGAUUCGGGGCUGCCCUACAGUUAACAAGCUCCUCACAGCCCCAGAGCUCUCAUCAAGAUGAAGUUCUACAUCGACGAGCUCCCCGUCCUCUUCCCCUAUCCCAAAAUCUAUCCCGAGCAGUAUGCAUACAUGACGGAUCUAAAGAGGACGUUGGAUGCGAAUGGACACUGCGUGCUCGAGAUGCCCUCAGGCACGGGCAAGACGGUGUCUUUGCUAAGCCUGAUCGUCUCUUACCAAAAAUUCCACGCCGCAUCUAGGAAACUCAUAUACUGCUCUCGAACCGUGCCGGAGAUCGAAAAGGCUCUGGCAGAGCUACAAGCCUUGAUGAAAUACCGGGCUCGCUACAAUGACCCAGAGCGAGUAGCGGGGACCGGGCCAUCCGGCACCUAUCCUGGACUAGACGAACCUCUACCAGAGGGUCAAGGGGUCAGGGAAGACAUCCUCGGGGUGGGUUUGUCGAGCAGAAAGAAUCUUUGCGUGCAUCCGAGCGUAGGUAAAGAGAGGAAAGGAAAGGUGGUGGAUGCGAGGUGUAGGGAUAUGACUAGUCAGUGGGCGUGCGAGAAGGGAAGGGCUGAGCCCGGCAGCGUGGAGCUCUGUAGCUAUCACGAGGAGCUGGGCAAGCUGGAGCCUGGCCACCUGAUUCCUAAUGGUGUGUGGGGCAUCCAAGAGAUCAAAGAGGACGCUCGAAGAAGAGGAGUCUGCCCUUACUUUGCGGUUCGAAGAAUGAUGCCAUUCGUCGACAUCAUCAUCUACAGCUUCCACUACUUACUCGACCCAAAGGUGUCGGAGCAAGUGAGCAAGGAGAUGAGCAAAGACGCUAUUGUGGUAUUUGACGAAGCGCACAACAUCGACAACGUGUGCAUCGAAAGUCUCAGCAUUGACCUGACGAGGCCAAUGUUGGACAGCGCAUAUCGAAGCGUUCAGGAUCUGGGAGACAAGGUGGAAGAGCAAAAAAAGGCAAAUAGCGAAAAACUGCAAAAAGAAUACGAGCAGCUGGUGCAGGGAUUGCAACACGAUGCUGGACAGGAGGGACUAGAUGAGGCAGAGUCUUUCAUGACGAACCCCAUUCUACCAGACGAUCUGCUUCAAGAAGAGAUGCCGGGCACGAUCAGAAGGGCGGAGCAUUUUGUCGCGUUCUUGAAGAGAUUCGUCGAGUACCUCAAGACGAGAAUGAGAGUGCUGCACGUCGUCGCAGAGACGCCGCCGAGCUUCUUGCAGCAUCUUAAAGACAUCACCUACAUCGAGAGGAAACCCCUGAGGUUUUGUGCCGAAAGGUUGAGGAUGUUGGUGAGCACGCUGGAGCUCACUCGACUGGACGAGUACAGCAGCUUGCAGAAAGUCGCUUCCUUUGCAACACUUGUCGCCACCUACGACAAGGGCUUCCUGCUCAUCCUGGAACCAUUCGAGACGGAGCACGCCACUGUUCCGAAUCCGAUCUUUCACUUCACGUGCCUCGACGCCAGUCUGGCCAUGGCACCAGUGUUCGAGAGGUUCAGCUCGGUCAUCAUUACGAGCGGGACGAUCAGUCCACUGGACAUGUACCCAAAGAUGCUCAAAUUCGACGCGAUAGUGCAAGAGUCUUAUCCCAUGACGCUGUCCAGGCAAUGUUUCUUGCCGCUAGUAAUCACUCGAGGAUCCGAUCAGGUCGCAGUCUCUUCGAGGUUCGAAGUAAGAAACGACCCUGCGGUGGUCAGGAAUUACGGGUCCAUCUUAACGGAAUACGCAAGAAGCGUACCGGAUGGGAUCGUCGCCUUCUUUCCUUCUUACCUGUACAUGGAAAGCAUCGUUGCUGCCUGGCACGACAUGGGGAUUUUGGAAGAUGUGUGGAAGUAUAAGCUGGUAUUCAUCGAGACUCCCGAUGCGCCCGAGACCUCUAUCGCUUUGGAGAACUACCGAAGGGCUUGCGAUAAUGGCAGAGGCGCAAUCAUGCUCUGUGUAGCGCGAGGCAAAGUCUCGGAAGGAAUCGACUUUGAUCACAAUUAUGGGCGAGCAGUCAUCAUGUUCGGCGUGCCGUACCAGUACACAGAGAGCCGAAUCCUCAAAGCGCGCCUCGAAUUUCUGCGAGAAAAUUUCAGGAUCAAGGAGAAUGAUUGGUUGACUUUUGAUGCUAUGAGACACGCGGCUCAAUGCCUCGGACGCUGCUUGAGAGGCAAGGAAGAUUAUGGGAUCAUGGUCAUGGCGGACAAGCGCUUUGCGCGCGCCGACAAGCGAAACAAGCUGCCGAAAUGGAUUGCUCAGCAAGUGACGGAAACGCAUAGCAACCUUUCUACCGAUAUGGCGCUGGUGGAGACACGGUUGUUCAUCAGGCAGAUGGCUCAGCCCUACCCUGCCGGGAAAGCAGGCGUGAGCCUUUGGAGCGUCGAGGACCUCGAAAGUCGACAAGUGAGGGAACGUGAAGCUUACAAGAGAUUGCUUGCCGCUGAAGCGAAAGGACAAAAAAUUGCGGCUUUUGAUGAGGAUCAAAGACCUGCGAAUGGACAGCAAGGAGAAGACGAGUAUGACGAGGCGUUUGAUAAUAUUGAUGAGGAGGAGCUGGCAGCAUUGGACGGUAUGGAAGUGGACUGAAAGCUGUGAAUUGGCCGGGAAAAAUGAGCUUCACAUGUGCCGCAGACGAACGAAUGCAUUUGU